AAUCAGUAACCACGUUGUUGAAAGGUGUUACAACGGGUUGCAUGCGUUUUUGCUGUAAUGAUCCGACCGAUCAUAUUAAAGUAACUUUUAUAUCGUUAUAACUGAUAUUUGUAGAACAAACGUCAAUAAUGGAUCCUCAGAAAGAUGUACAGCCACCGAAACAACAGCCCAUGAUCUACAUCUGUGGAGAAUGUCACACUGAAAACGAGAUCAAGGCCAGAGACCCUAUCCGAUGCAGAGAGUGCGGUUACAGAAUAAUGUACAAGAAGAGAACAAAGAGAUUGGUGGUGUUUGAUGCGCGAUGAACAGACAUCCCCACGUAUCUCAUUUUGUAUUUUGUCUAAAAUGUACAGCUUUUUUAGCUGAAGUUUACCAAGUGUCUAUAAAGACUGUGUUGACAAAAGACACAAACACACACACAGACACACACACACACACACACACACACACACACACACACACACACACAUUGAUGAAGAUGAUUAUAUGAUUAUAUGAAACACAUAUUUUACACAUUAAUUAAGCAGGAUAUAAAUCAUCUUUUUUUGGCCAAUACAUUUACAUUAAAAAAAUCAUCUGGAUUUUUCCUUUUCCAUAUAUUGCUGUAACUAUGUUAUAACUUGCAAAACCAAUAAAAUAUUAUUUUUCAACUUAA